AUGGCACUGCCACCUUACUUAGUUCCCCACCCAUGGGCCUCCGCUGCAAUGAUGGUCCAGGCGCAGCAGCAACAACAGGCGGCGGCAGCACAGCAGCUGGCCGCCCAGGCAGCUGCCCAUGCUCACGCACACGCCCACCAGCUCGCAGCCCUGCAGCACCAGCAGAUGGUGGCAGCCGCGGUAGCUCAGCAGCCUCAGCCGGUCUUACCUAAACCUCCUGAACCGAUAACAGAUGAUAAAUUGCAAGAAAAAGCUCAAAAAUGGCAACAGCUUCAGACUAAACGUUUCUCCGAAAAAAGGAAAUUUGGCUUUGUAGAUGCACAGAAAGAAGAUAUGCCUCCAGAACAUAUUAGAAAAAUCAUCCGAGAUCAUGGAGAUAUGAGUAAUAGAAAAUAUAGGCAUGAUAAAAGAGUUUAUUUAGGGGCAUUGAAGUACAUGCCACACGCUGUGAUGAAGCUUCUCGAAAACAUGCCGAUGCCCUGGGAACAGAUCAGGGAUGUUGAAGCUCUGUACCACAUUACAGGAGCGAUUACAUUUGUCAAUGAAAUACCUUGGAUUAUAGAACCUGUCUAUAUAGCGCAAUGGGGAACGAUGUGGAUCAUGAUGAGGAGAGAGAAAAGAGACAGGCGUCACUUUAAGAGAAUGAGAUUUCCACCAUUUGACGACGAAGAGCCUCCUCUAGAUUAUGCUGACAAUGUGUUGGAUGUUGAGCCUCUAGAAGCCAUACAGAUAGACCUCGAUCCUGAUGAGGACUCGUCUGUUACCAAGUGGUUUUAUGACCAUAAACCACUCGUUGGCACCAAGCAUGUUAACGGACCUACCUAUAGAAAAUGGAAUCUGAGCUUACCCCAGAUGGCUACAUUAUACAGGCUAGCCAACCAGCUGCUUACAGAUUUGGUCGAUGAAAAUUAUUUUUAUCUUUUUGAUCAGAAAUCGUUCUUCACCGCAAAAGCCCUUAACAUGGCGAUUCCUGGUGGUCCAAAGUUUGAGCCACUUAUUAAAGAUUCUAAUGCUGCUGACGAGGACUGGAACGAAUUCAACGAUAUUAACAAAAUCAUCAUCCGCCAACCUGUUAGAACUGAAUACAGGAUAGCGUUCCCUUAUUUGUACAACAAUCUUCCACAUUAUGUACAACUUUCGUGGUAUCAUACUCCAAACGUGGUUUUCAUUAAAACAGAAGAUCCUGAUUUGCCAGCGUUCUACUUUGAUCCUCUCAUCAAUCCUAUAUCUCACCGUCACUCAGUUAAGAUAACUGAACAGCUACCAGAGGACGAAGAGGAUUUCGAACUUGGCCCAGAAAUUCAGCCGUUCUUGCAGGAAACACCUUUAUACACGGACAAUACUGCCAAUGGCAUAUCUCUCCUUUGGGCUCCUCGGCCAUUCAAUCUGAGAUCUGGCCGUUGUAGGCGAGCCAUGGAUGUCCCGUUAGUCAAGAACUGGUAUAGGGAGCAUGUGCCUCCAGGCCAGCCUGUCAAAGUGCGAGUUUCUUAUCAAAAGCUGUUAAAAUAUUUUGUCCUGAAUGCGUUGAAGCACCGGCCACCAAAACCUCAGAAGAAACGUUACCUGUUCAGAUCGUUCAAGGGAACCAAGUUCUUCCAGACGACCACUCUGGAUUGGGUCGAGGCUGGGCUCCAGGUGUGCCGUCAGGGUUAUAACAUGCUCAACCUCCUCAUCCACAGAAAGAACCUCAACUAUCUCCAUCUUGAUUACAAUUUUAACCUGAAACCUGUCAAAACCCUUACUACCAAGGAAAGAAAGAAAUCUCGUUUCGGAAAUGCGUUUCACUUGUGUCGAGAGAUCCUUCGAUUGACGAAGUUGAUCAUCGACUCACAUGUUCAGUACAGGCUGAACAACAUUGAUGCAUUCCAGCUGGCAGACGGAUUACAAUAUGUGUUUGCGCACGUUGGACAGCUGACAGGAAUGUAUAGGUAUAAGUACAAACUGAUGCGACAGAUUCGAAUGUGCAAGGACUUGAAACAUCUCAUUUAUUACAGAUUCAAUACGGGUCCAGUCGGCAAAGGUCCUGGCUGUGGUAUUUGGGCUCCUGGUUGGAGGGUAUGGCUUUUCUUCAUGAGAGGAAUCACACCUCUCCUCGAGCGCUGGCUCGGCAACCUUCUGUCCAGGCAAUUCGAGGGUCGUCACUCUAAAGGAGUUGCUAAGACUGUCACCAAGCAAAGGGUCGAGAGUCAUUUCGACCUGGAGCUGAGGGCUUCGGUGAUGCACGAUAUAGUUGAUAUGAUGCCCGAAGGAAUCAAACAGAAUAAAGCUAGGACAAUAUUGCAACACUUAUCGGAAGCUUGGAGAUGUUGGAAGGCCAAUAUUCCUUGGAAGGUUCCAGGACUGCCUAUUCCGAUAGAAAACAUGAUCCUACGUUACGUCAAGAUGAAAGCUGAUUGGUGGACUAAUACAGCUCAUUACAAUAGAGAGAGAAUCAGGCGUGGUGCUACUGUUGAUAAAACAGUGUGCAAAAAGAACCUCGGUCGUCUUACGAGGCUCUACUUGAAGGCUGAGCAAGAACGACAGCAUAAUUACUUGAAGGAUGGUCCUUACAUUUCUCCAGAGGAAGCCGUAGCCAUUUAUACUACUACUGUCCAUUGGUUGGAGUCGAGAAGGUUCGCUCCUAUCCCGUUCCCGCCGCUCUCGUACAAGCACGAUACCAAAUUGCUUAUUUUGGCCUUGGAGAGGCUCAAGGAAGCUUACAGUGUCAAGUCGAGAUUGAAUCAAAGCCAGAGAGAGGAACUCGGCCUGAUAGAACAGGCGUACGAUAACCCUCAUGAAGCCUUGUCUAGAAUAAAGCGUCACCUUCUCACUCAGAGAGCUUUCAAAGAGGUAGGAAUCGAAUUCAUGGACCUCUACUCUCAUCUCGUUCCCGUAUAUGAUGUUGAACCACUCGAGAAAAUCACAGACGCUUAUUUGGAUCAGUACUUGUGGUAUGAAGCUGACAAGAGAAGGUUGUUCCCACCGUGGGUAAAACCAUCUGACACGGAACCUCCACCUCUUCUAGUUUACAAGUGGUGCCAAGGUAUAAACAACCUACAAGAUGUUUGGGAUGUAUCAGAAGGUGAAUGUAAUGUUCUCCUCGAAUCAAAAUUCGAGAAAAUUUAUGAAAAGAUUGAUUUGACUCUCCUUAACAGAGUACUUAGGCUCAUCGUCGAUCACAAUAUUGCUGAUUAUAUGACAGCUAAAAACAACGUUGUUAUCAAUUAUAAGGAUAUGAACCACACAAACAGUUACGGUAUCAUCAGAGGUUUGCAGUUUGCCUCAUUUAUCGUACAGUACUACGGCUUGGUUUUGGAUCUUCUAGUUCUUGGCCUGCAGAGGGCGUCAGAGAUGGCUGGUCCACCACAAAUGCCCAACGACUUCCUCACCUUUCAGGAUACUACCACCGAGGGCGCUCACCCAAUCAGGCUUUACUGCAGAUAUGUUGACAGGGUCCAUAUCUUCUUCAGGUUCACUGCUGAAGAGGCCAGAGAACUUAUCCAGAGGUAUCUUACGGAGCAUCCUGAUCCUAACAAUGAGAACAUCGUCGGCUACAAUAACAAGAAGUGUUGGCCAAGAGAUGCUAGAAUGAGACUGAUGAAACACGACGUUAAUCUCGGGAGGGCAGUAUUUUGGGAUAUUAAGAAUAGGCUCCCUCGUUCUACGACUACUGUUCAGUGGGAGAACUCCUUUGUCUCGGUAUAUUCUAAAGACAACCCGAAUCUACUAUUUAAUAUGGGCGGCUUCGAGUGCAGGAUAUUACCGAAGUGCCGUACAACACAUGACGAAUUCACUCAUAGAGAUGGUGUGUGGAAUCUUCAAAAUGAAGUCACCAAAGAACGGACGGCUCAAUGUUUCCUACGAGUCGAUGACGAAUCAUUGCAACGAUUCCACAACAGAGUGCGUCAGAUUCUUAUGGCUUCAGGGUCAACUACCUUCACUAAGAUUGUGAACAAAUGGAAUACCGCGCUAAUAGGGCUCAUGACCUACUUCAGAGAAGCUGUCGUCAAUACUCAAGAGCUCCUCGACUUAUUGGUGAAAUGUGAGAAUAAAAUCCAAACGAGGAUUAAGAUCGGUCUCAAUUCAAAAAUGCCUUCGAGGUUUCCACCUGUCGUCUUUUACACACCAAAAGAACUUGGUGGUCUUGGUAUGCUUUCUAUGGGGCAUGUCCUUAUACCUCAGUCCGACUUGAGAUGGUCGAAGCAGACUGAUGUUGGUAUUACUCACUUCAGAUCUGGAAUGAGUCACGAUGAGGACCAGCUUAUUCCUAAUCUUUACCGUUACAUUCAGCCGUGGGAAUCCGAAUUUAUCGACUCGCAGAGGGUCUGGGCAGAAUAUGCUCUAAAGAGGCAGGAAGCGAAUGCCCAGAACAGGCGUCUCACGCUUGAAGAUCUUGAAGACAGCUGGGAUAGGGGAAUCCCGCGUAUCAACACUCUUUUCCAGAAAGACCGUCACACCCUAGCAUACGAUAAAGGAUGGAGGAUAAGGACUGAAUUUAAAAUGUACCAGGUUCUGAAACAAAAUCCAUUCUGGUGGACACAUCAGCGUCACGAUGGAAAAUUGUGGAAUCUUAACAAUUAUAGAACUGAUAUGAUUCAGGCAUUGGGAGGUGUAGAAGGUAUCCUCGAGCACACGCUAUUCAAGGGAACAUACUUCCCGACCUGGGAGGGUCUCUUUUGGGAGAAAGCCUCUGGGUUUGAAGAAUCUAUGAAAUACAAAAAGCUGACAAAUGCACAGCGCUCUGGUUUGAACCAGAUUCCCAACAGAAGGUUUACUCUAUGGUGGUCGCCGACUAUUAACAGAGCUAAUGUGUACGUCGGUUUCCAGGUACAACUCGAUUUGACGGGCAUUUUUAUGCAUGGUAAAAUCCCUACACUGAAAAUCUCUCUAAUUCAAAUUUUCCGAGCUCACUUGUGGCAAAAAGUUCACGAAUCGAUUGUCAUGGAUCUUUGUCAGGUAUUUGAUCAAGAGUUGGAUGCAUUAGAGAUCGAAACUGUUCAGAAAGAAACCAUCCAUCCUAGGAAGUCCUACAAGAUGAACUCUUCCUGUGCUGAUAUUCUACUAUUCGCAGCCUAUAAGUGGAAUGUCUCCCGUCCGUCACUUCUAGCCGAUUCCAAAGAUACUAUGGAUACUACAACAACCCAGAAGUAUUGGAUAGAUGUUCAGCUGAGAUGGGGUGACUACGAUUCUCACGAUAUAGAGCGUUAUGCCAGAGCUAAAUUUUUGGACUACACUACAGAUAACAUGUCCAUCUACCCUUCGCCAACGGGUGUUCUCAUCGCUAUAGAUCUUGCUUACAAUUUGCACAGUGCUUACGGUAACUGGUUCCCAGGUUGCAAACCAUUAAUCCAACAGGCAAUGGCCAAAAUCAUGAAGGCGAAUCCUGCCCUUUAUGUGCUGAGAGAGAGGAUCAGGAAGGCCUUGCAGCUGUAUUCAUCUGAGCCUACUGAGCCUUACCUUUCUUCUCAGAACUAUGGAGAACUGUUCUCCAACCAAAUCAUUUGGUUCGUUGAUGAUACCAAUGUGUACCGUGUAACUAUUCAUAAGACAUUUGAAGGUAAUCUGACCACAAAACCUAUUAAUGGAGCGAUUUUCAUCUUCAAUCCCCGUACGGGUCAGCUCUUUUUGAAAAUUAUUCAUACAUCUGUGUGGGCCGGGCAGAAACGUCUCGGACAGUUGGCAAAAUGGAAAACUGCUGAGGAAGUAGCUGCUUUGAUUAGAUCGUUGCCCGUUGAAGAACAGCCGAAGCAAAUCAUUGUUACAAGGAAAGGAAUGUUGGAUCCUCUCGAGGUGCAUUUACUCGAUUUCCCGAACAUCGUGAUCAAGGGCUCUGAACUGCAGCUUCCUUUCCAAGCGUGUUUGAAAGUUGAAAAGUUUGGUGAUCUCAUUCUGAAGGCGACAGAGCCUCAGAUGGUCCUGUUUAAUCUAUAUGAUGAUUGGCUGAAGACUAUUUCUUCAUAUACUGCAUUUUCCCGUUUAAUUUUGAUCCUUCGAGCCCUUCACGUCAACACGGAGAGAACUAAAGUUAUGCUGAAGCCUGACAAGACAACAAUCACAGAACCCCAUCACAUCUGGCCGACACUGUCUGACGAUGAAUGGAUUAAAGUUGAAGUCCAACUGAAGGAUCUAAUUUUGGCUGAUUACGGCAAGAAGAACAAUGUAAAUGUGGCGUCAUUGACUCAAUCAGAAAUAAGAGAUAUCAUCCUGGGUAUGGAAAUAUCAGCACCUUCAGCACAAAGGCAGCAGAUCGCCGAGAUAGAGAAACAGACGAAGGAGCAAUCUCAGCUCACCGCUACUACAACAAGAACAGUCAACAAGCAUGGUGAUGAAAUCAUAACAGCAACAACGUCUAACUACGAAACUCAAACUUUCAGUUCUAAAACUGAAUGGAGGGUGAGAGCUAUUUCUGCUACUAAUCUUCACCUUAGGACGAACUACAUUUACGUAUCAUCAGAUGAUAUUAAAGAGACUGGUUUCACUUACAUCCUCCCGAAAAAUGUUCUGAAGAAAUUUGUCACAAUUUCAGAUCUUAGAGCUCAGAUCGCUGGUUACUUAUAUGGUGUUAGCCCCGCUGACAACCCGCAAGUUAAGGAGAUCAGGUGCAUCGUGAUGCCUCCGCAAUGGGGUACCCAUCAGACAGUGCACCUUCCACAGUCCCUCCCGAGCCACCAGUUCCUGAAGGACAUGGAGCCACUUGGGUGGAUACACACGCAGCCGAAUGAGCUGCCCCAGCUCUCUCCUCAGGAUAUCACUACACAUGCCAGAGUUAUGGCUGAUAAUCCAUCCUGGGAUGGUGAAAAAACUGUAAUCAUAACGUGCAGUUUCACUCCUGGAUCUUGCUCGUUGACCGCUUACAAAUUGACUCCAUCGGGAUUCGAGUGGGGCCGACAAAACACAGACAAAGGGAACAACCCUAAGGGCUACCUACCUAGCCAUUAUGAGAAGGUUCAAAUGCUCCUCUCAGACAGGUUCCUUGGAUUUUUCAUGGUACCAGCUCAAAGCUCGUGGAACUACAACUUCAUGGGCGUGCGGCAUGAUGCAAACAUGAAAUAUGAACUGACUUUAGGAAAUCCCAAAGAAUUUUAUCACGAGAUUCAUAGACCGGCUCACUUCUUGAACUUCUCUUCGAUAGAAGAAGGAGGCAAUAGCCUUGGCGCUGAUAGGGAAGAUUUAUUCGCCUAA